UUACCGAACCAGCAGCAAAGAGGUCUCUUCUCCUCCGCCCGCCCCGAUCGUUCCAAGCGCCGCUACACCUCCAUAACCACCUCCUUUGCCGUCUAUAUAUCUGCAAUUGAAGCAUUGUUGACAAGUCUCAAGCGUUUUUCUUCUUCCCUGCUAUGGGAUAUAUCCGCUUCUCCUGCAUCACUCUGCAUCUCGUACAAAAAUCCCAUAAAACAAAACCCUAGUACUCAACUGCGCCACUAAAUGAUCAAAACCACGCAGCUGUCUAAGACUAAGAAAUAGGAGAAAAGGAUCGAAGAUGGCACAACCAUCGGUUGUGCUUGCAACAGCUAGCUAUGAUCACACUAUUCGGUUUUGGGAAGCGAAGAGUGCCUGCUGUUUUCGGACUAUCCAAUACCCGGAAUCACAAGUCAACCGGCUUGAGAUUACCCCAGACAAGCAUUUCCUGGCUGCAGCAGGCAACCCUCACAUUCGAUUGUUUGACAUCAAUUCAGACCGUCCUCAGCCUAUACAAAGCUUUGAUUCACACACUAACAAUGUUAUGGCAGUUGGAUUCCAAUGUGAUGGAAAUUGGAUGUAUUCUGGUUCUGAAGAUGGCACAGUAAAGAUUUGGGAUUUGAGGGCACCGGGUUUUCAGAGGGAAUAUGAAAGCCGUGCAGCUGUCAACACAGUUGUUUUGCACCCAAAUCAGACUGAGCUGAUAUCUGGUGACCAGAAUGGAAAUAUUCGAGUUUGGGACUUGACAGCUAAUUCAUGCAGCUGUGAACUGGUUCCAGAGGUGGAUACUGCAGUCAGGUCUUUGACUGUAAUGUGGGAUGGAAGCUUGGUUGUGGCUGCAAAUAAUCAUGGAACAUGUUAUGUUUGGCGUCUAUUGCAGGGAACCCAGACUAUGACCAACUUUGAGCCCCUUCAUAAAUUACAAGCACAUGAUGGAUACAUCCUCAAAUGUCUCCUUUCCCCAGAGUUGAGUGAGCCUCACCGGUAUCUGGCCACAGCAUCUUCUGAUCAUACUGUCAAGAUAUGGAAUGUGGAUGGAUUUACCUUGGAGAAAACUCUCAUAGGACAUGAGCGCUGGGUUUGGGACUGUGUUUUCUCUGUCGAUGGUGCUUUUCUAAUCACAGCUUCUUCGGACACAACAGCGAGAUUAUGGUCCAUGUCUACUGGCAAAGAUAUCAAGGUAUACCAGGGACAUCACAAGGCAGCUGUGUGUUGCGCUCUUCAUGACGGGCCCGAACCCUCUAGCUAGCUGAUUCUGCAGUUCCUGGAGGGAGGGUUGUUCUACUUCUACCGUCUGCUCAUCAACUUUCUAUACUAGUUUUCAGAUCAUUGCUUAAUUUCUAGAGUUUUGUUUCGAUAUACAAGUUAAAGAGAUGAUUCUAGAUUCAUUAAUCUCCUUGUAUCUUUAGAUGGUUAGGGAAUAAAAUUGUUUUUGUAAUGAAACACCAACAGAGAAUGGAAUGGAAUUAUUCCUGUA